AUGACAACUGGAUUUCCUCUUCUUCGUCUUCCGUACCUCGUUCUUAUGCCUGUCUUGGAACAAAUGGAAUUUAUGGAAAGAAUUGCACUCUCGGUUCUCUCUAAACGAGCCAGAAUGUUCUUGAAACUUCUCAAAAUGAAGAGUAUGCGGAUACAUUUAAUAUUGAAAUUUAGCACAAUCGAGAUGCAAGUGUACUUUGAUAACUCGAAACAGUUUCAACUAGAAAUGUAUAUUGGUGGAUAUCUAGAAUUGAGAUAUCGAAAUGAUGUAUUUCGAUGUAACACCUUGGGACAACCUCCAAUGGACUAUGUCAUUUGGAUUAUGGACGUCAUGCAUUGCAAGUCGGUUGAGCAGUUUACAAUCACUAAAAUAUCUGAAUGCGAUAUUUUCCCUCUUCUUGUGAACCUACCAAAAGUUGAUGAAGUCGUUGUUAACGGCGGUUUGUCACACUUUUUUUCGGUAGAAGACCGGCUUCUAAAAGUUUUGAGAAUCGUAUUGCCAGUAUCUUCUGCAGUUACUAUUUCCUAUCACUUCCGAAACCGGAAAUAUCUCCGAGAAAUUCUCAAAGGGAAUUUCGACGCGGUUAUUGUGAGAAUCCUUGAGCGUCGCAACUUGCCACAUCACGACAUGAGGUCUUCUCUUAAUGAUUUGAGAAUUACAAACGCUAAGGCUCUCGUGCUUCAGGACCUGAUCCCUAAUAAGAAGGACAUGAACCGCUUUUUCAAGUUGUGGAUGAAGAAAUCGUGUAAUCCUCGACUGGAAUAUUUGCAAGUGAGAAUAUCCGGCAAGGACAAUAAGGAUAUUUUUCUGGAAGGACUCAACGCUGUUCAAGUUUCUCUUGAGACAAAAAUAGCAUUCCCGGUUUUAGGAAACGUGACACAGCUAUCUUUUAAUGAGAAGGUUACCGCCGAAUUCGAUAUAACAAGAGCCGAUGGGAGAACAGCAACAAUCAAAUUUGGAAAAGUCGGUGGAACGGAUUAUAUUUAUUUCUACGUUUGGCCAGGAUCUACUAAUGAUACAUCUCUUCUUGAGUCUCUAUUCAUGUAUAUGACGACUGGUUUACCUCUUCUCCGUCUUCCGUACCUCGUGCUUAUGCCUGUCUUGGAACAAAUGGAAUUUACGGAAAGAAUAGCGUUAUCUAUUCUCUCCAAACGAACCCGAAUGUUCUUGAAGAAACUCAAAAUGGAGUGUCAGCGUAUGAAUUUAAGGUUCAAAUAUGGAACUAUCGAGAUGGAAGUGUUCUUUGAUAACUCGAAUCAGUUUCAACUAGAAAUGUAUAUGGGUGGAUAUGUAGAAUUGAGAUAUGGAAAUGCUGUAUUUCUAUGUAACACCUUGGGACUACCUCCAAUGGACUAUGCCCUUUGGAUUAUGGACGUCAUGCAUUGCAAGUCGAUUAAGAAGUUUACAAUCGAAAAAAUAUCUCAAUGCGAUAUUCGCCCUCUCCUUGUGAACCUGCCAAAAGUUGAUGAAGUCGUUGUUAACGGCGGUUUAUCAGACUUCUUUCCGGUAGAAGAACGGCUUCUAAAAGUUUUGAGCAUCGUUUUGCCAGUAUCUUCUGCAAUUACUAUUUCCUAUCAUUUCCAAAACCGUAAAUAUCUCCGAGAAAUUCUCAAAUGGAAUUUCAACGCAUUGGAUGUGAGAAUCUUUGAGAAAUGGCCACAUCGCGACAUGAAGUUUUCUCUUAAUGAUUUUUGGAUUACAAACGCUAAGGCUCUCGUGCUUGAGGACCUAAUCCUUGAUGAGAAGGACCUGAACCGCUUUUUCAAGAUGUGGAUGAAGAAAAUGUGUAAUCAUCAACUAGAAUACUUGGAAGUGAUAAAACACAGUGAUAUCGUCAAUAAAGAUCUAAUUUUGAAAGGAUUGGACACUACUCCAGUUUCUCUUGAGACAAAGAGAAAUUUCCCGGUUUCGGAAAACGUAAAACAAGAGCUUUCAAGUGAAAGGAUUACAGCCGAAUUCGAUAUAACAAGAUCCGAUGGGAGAACAGCAACAAUCAGAUUUGCAGAAGUCUAUAGAAGGAAAUCUAUUUAUUUCUACGUUUGGCCAGGAUCUACUAAUGAGAUGACGACUGGAUUUCCUCUUCUCCGUCUUCCGUACCUCGUGCUUAUGCCUGUCUUGGAACAAAUGGAAUUUACGGAAAGAAUCGCGUUGUCUAUUCUCUCCAAACGAGCCAGAAUGUUUUUGAAGCAACUCAAAAUGGAGUGUGAGCGUAUCAAUUUAAGACUGGAGCAUAACAGCAUCGAGAUGGAAAUGUUUAUUGAUAACUGUAAAGGAUUCAGAGUGUUAAUGUGCAUCGAUAAAUAUCAAGGACGCGAUUACAUACAUCCUUAUCUAAUGUCUUUUUCAUGUUGUCCUGGUAGACUACCUCCAAUGGAUUAUGUCGCUCCGAUUAUGGAUGUCACUCACUGCAAGUCGAUUAAACAGUUGACAAUCGCUGAAUUACCACGUUGGGAUACUCUCCCUCUCCUCGCCAAAAAUUGA